UCACACGGGCGACCCGCUCCCCAAAGAGCACAAGAGGGGCCGCUUGGCUUCAGAUAUUUUCGGCUCCAAUCCUCGUCAUUUCCGCCAGUGGGGGAAAGGUGGGCGCUGUGGAGGGGGAGGGGAGCAGAGAACGUGCGACAAGCGUGCAGCUCCGGAGGGAAAGCUGACUAGGGAAUAGCCUCGGGGGGUCGCUCAUUGCAGGGAGAAAAAGGCGCGAAGGAAGCCGGACGCGAGCUGCGGGCUGCGCCGCGGGGUGGUUAAACCUCGUGAGCCUUCAGCUCCCACAGCCUCGGUCGGAGCAGCGCCAGGACCCAUUUCCAGCAUCCUGGCUCUGCAGGUCGCGGGUGGGGGCGCGGCAGGCUGUAGGCGGCGGAGCGUGCAGCAGCCGCUUUCUCCGGCUCCCGCUGAAGCACCAACAGGAACGGAAAGCUCCAGAGGCACACACUCAUCCACGCGCACCGCGCGCCCACGGAGGCAGGCAGAGGAGCCUGGAGAAGAAGGCUGUUUCGAGGCGCAUUUCACAAACGCGACGAAGUCUUGUAAACACUGGAAACUGAAUUCAACGCCCACCACCCUUCGAGCCCACCGGACUCUGCUUGCUUCCAUCGCCCUUCUCGUAGUCCCCCCUCCCCCUAUGGCGCUCAUUAUGGAACCUGUCAGUAAAUGGACGCCGAAUCAAGUGGUGGAUUGGAUGAAAGGCCUUGAUGACUGCCUGCAACAAUAUAUCAAGAAUUUUGAGAGGGAAAAAAUUGGUGGAGACCAGCUACUACGUAUUACUCAUCAAGAACUGGAGGAUCUGGGAGUUACUAGAAUUGGUCAUCAAGAACUUAUCCUGGAAGCAGUUGACUUACUCUGUGCAUUGAAUUACGGAUUAGAAACUGAGAACCUAAAAACACUUUCUCACAAGCUAAAUGCAUCUGCCAAAAACCUUCAGAACUUUAUCACAGGAAGAAGGAGGAGCGGUCAUUAUGAUGGUAGGAGUAGCAGAAAAUUACCAAAUGAUUUCCUUACCUCAGUGGUGGAUUUGAUUGGAGCAGCAAAAAGUCUCCUAGCAUGGCUGGACAGAUCACCUUUUGCUGCUGUAACAGAUUAUUCUGUCACAAGGAACAAUGUCAUACAACUCUGCCUCGAAUUAACAACAAUUGUACAACAGGACUCAACAGUACAUGAAACUGAGAACAAAAUUCUCCAUGUGUGUAAGACUCUAUCUAGUGUCUGUGAUCAUAUAAUAUCACUUUCAUCUGAUCCCCUCGUGUCUCAAUCUGCUCACCUGGAAGUGAUUCAGCUAGCAAACAUCAAGCCAAGUGAAGGGCUGGGUAUGUACAUUAAAUCUACAUAUGAUGGUCUCCAUGUAAUUACUGGAACAACAGAAAAUUCACCUGCAGAUCGAUGUAAGAAAAUCCAUGCUGGCGAUGAAGUGAUUCAAGUUAAUCACCAAACUGUGGUGGGGUGGCAGUUGAAAAAUUUGGUGAAUGCACUACGAGAGGAUCCGAGUGGUGUUAUCUUAACUUUGAAAAAGCGACCUCAGAGCAUGCUUACCUCAGCACCAGCUUUACUGAAAAAUAUGAGAUGGAAGCCCCUUGCUCUGCAGCCACUUGUAUCUAGAAGUCCUACAAGCAGUAUGGCAACACCAUCCAGUACUGUCAGCACACCUACUAAAAGAGACAGCUCAGCCCUCCAGGACCUCUACAUACCACCACCUCCAGCGGAGCCUUAUAUUCCCAGAGAUGAGAAGGGGAACCUUCCAUGUGAUGAUACUGGAAGACAUUUAGUGGGAAAGCCAGUACAUAAAGGAUCUGAAUCUCCAAAUUCAUUUCUCGACCAAGAGUAUCGAAAGCGUUUUAAUGUUGUUGAAGAAGAUGCCAUUUUGUAUUGUUAUGAAUAUGAAAAAGGAAGAACAAGUAGUUCUGGAAGAAGAGAAAGCACACCAACAUAUGGGAAAUUAAGGCCUAUAUCUAUGCCGGUAGAAUAUAACUGGGUAGGGGAUUAUGAAGAACCUAGCAAAACAAAAAGAGAUAGCAGGAGAGAAAAUUCACUUCUUCGAUAUAUGAGUAAUGAGAAAAUAGCACAAGAAGAUUACAUGUUCCAAAGGAACAGCAAAAAGGACACAGGGAAAAAAUCUAAAAAGAAAGACAAGAAUAAUAGUCCUAGUCAUUAUUCUCUAUUACCUAGUUUACAAAUGGAAUCAUUAAGGCAAGACAAUAUGAGCACACCUGGGCCUGAAACAACUUUGUACCAUACAUUUCAACAAUCCUCUCUUCAGCAUAAGUCUAAAAAGAAAAACAAAGGUCUAGCACCUAGUAAGAGUAAGCGACGGAUUUCUUGUAAAGAUCUAGGUCGUGGAGAUUGUGAAGGCUGGCUGUGGAAAAAGAAAGAUGCUAAAAGUUACUUUUCACAAAAAUGGAAAAAAUACUGGUUUGUUCUAAAGGAAACCUCCCUGUACUGGUAUAUCAAUGAGGAGGAUGAAAAAGCAGAAGGAUUCAUCAGUCUACCAGAAUUUAAAAUUGAUAGAGCUAAUGAAUGUCGCAAGAAGUAUGCAUUCAAGGCCUGUCAUCCCAAAAUCAAAAGCUUUUACUUUGCUGCUGAACAUCAAGACGACUUGAACAGAUGGUUGAACAGAAUUAAUAUGCUUGCUGCUGGAUAUGCAGAAAGGGAAAGGAUCAAACCAGAACAAGAUUAUUGGAGUGAAAGUGAUAAGGAAGAAAUAGACACACCUUCCACACCUAAACAAGACAGUCCACCUCCACCAUAUGACACAUAUCCACGACCUCCUUCAAUGAGUUGUGCAAGCCCUUUUGUGGAACCAAAACACAGUCGACUGUCUUCUACUGAAACUUCCCAGUCUCAAUCUUCACAUGAAGAGUUCCGUCAGGAGCUGGUGGGGAGUACUACUGAAUCUCCCAUCCGCAAAACAGCAAGCCAGCGUCGGUCUUGGCAGGAUUUAAUAGAAACACCGCUGACAAGCUCAGGGUUACAUUACCUUCAGACUCUGCCCCUUGAGGAUUCAGUGUUUUCUGAUUCUGCUGUUAUCUCUCCAGAACACAGGCGGCAAUCAACUCUUCCUAUCCAGAAAUGUCAUCUGCAGGAUCACUAUGGCCCUUUUCCUUUAGAGGGUGAACAAAUACAAGUUUUAAAUGUGAAUGGGGGAAAGCCCCGUAGUUACACUCUGCCACGGGAUGGUGGGUUCAACCAUUGCUGCCAUAUACUUUCUGUCAGUGCUUCAAGCCAUCAAGAAGAAGUGCCACAAAAAGAGCAAGAGGAACAAGGAAGAAAAAUUACAGAAGAGAAUCAAGUAGAUGAAAGUGUCAGCUGUCAAGCUGCAAAUCCAGAAAAAAAAACUCCUCAGACAUUAUUUUACCAAGAGUAUAAACUUUACUGAAUAAGUUGACAUCCACAUUGGCACAGAAGAAGCAAAACCAGCUCUGGGCUUCCCACAUAAACACAUGCAUAGUUCAUUUCCUCUUUCCCCACAGGCCACCCACAGUCCAUUACAUCCACCAAUCACUUCUGUUCAUUUUGCUUUGGGAACCAGCUGAUUACGCUGUGGCAUCUGCUCUGAGUGUUCUUGGGGGGGAGCAAUGUCUCAUGGAAUCAAUGAUGCUUGGAGGCCAUACUCCCAGCCUUGCAUUCCAAUCCACCCCUCCACCAGUCUUUGUCAAGCUGAGAGCAAAGCAGAAUAUAGGUGAAAGAUUGAGUCAGUUCUGACAUGCCAACCCCCCGAAAGAAGGGUAGACCUGAAACAACAGUAAACAUAUAUACACAUUAUUACUUACAACCCAACUUCUGUCACAUUCCUUAUUAGGGACAUUGAGGAUACCUAGUGUGAAACUCUUAACUAACCUUGCAGCCCUAACAUCUGGAGUAGCCACCCACUCAGCAUCUACUAAAGGGUAGCCUUUUCACAGUAAUUACUUGGUACUUUGUGAUAUUUGGAGUUGAGAAUCCUUUUGAUCUCAUAGUGCUCCUCUCCCUUAACUAGGAUGGGAGGAGGAAGUGGUUCUUUAACCGGCCUCAAGCCAGAUCCCCAAAAGGGUUUUAAAAGAUUGCAAUGAAAUACCGGAUGCUUGCCUGAGGUUUCAGCUCCACCCUCAAUGGAUUCACGAUCCAGAUGAUUUGGAAAGGCCCUAUGUAUUUGGGAUCUAACUUUUUAUAAGCUUGUCUCAGGUUUAGAUACUUGGUGGACAAAUAGACUAUCCCACCCUCUAAAUUCCCUUUGGGGACCCCUUUUCAAAUCUGCUUGCCUUUUUUUGGCUUUCCCUAGCUUUAUUUACACACAGCGGGCCACAUGGCUUUUAGAGUGUCCAUCCAGUCAGCUAAUGACACUGAGGAUGGAGCUUCCUGAGGGAGCUCUGGCAUUGUCAGGUAUGCCUCCUUUCAAUACCCAAGAAAGAAAAACCCCGACUCCAUUUUCAUAGAGAAAUGUACUUUUACUAAGUAUGAACUGAAUGCAACCAAAGAAAAGCAAGGUCUGAGGCAAAAGGAGCAAAAAUUACAUAUAGAAAGCAUCCCCAAAACCCUUCUUCCAACCGUCCAGCGAAAAUUAUCCAAUCCACAUUUCCCCCAGGGGUCAUGUGGGGUGCAACGUCCGAUGGUGCCAUCCUCCUGCUCUGCCACAACAGUCGACCUUGAGUUGUUACCAGCUUCAAAGAAAACGCUGAAGAAAACUUUCUGCUCUUCUCCACCAGCUCACUUCCCCCCUCCCAGACAUUCCAAUAGCUCCCCCCUCCCCCCGUUACAAUGGCAGCCGAGCAAGCAAGUAAAGAAAAAGUGGGCAUGGGCAGGCAUGGGCACAAAUUCAGUCCCCGUGACCCUUUUGAAAGGGGUAAAACCAGGGGUGAAAUGUUCCCAGAUCGGACCAGACCGCCCAAUCCGGUAGCAAUUUUUCCCUGUGGUUCGGCGAUCCAGUAGCAAUCACCACCCAGGUGUCAUUACUUCCUGGUUUUAACCAGGAAGUAAUGUUUUUUUACUUUCUGUGCAUGCGCAGAAGAUAUGAGUGCACAUGCACGGCGCAUGCGCUUCCGAACCAGUAAGGAAGGUAAGUAGAUUUCACCCCUGGGUAAAACCUGUGCUGCUGUGCACCAAGUUGUUAUAUGCCACUUCUGUGAAAGGCAGGAGUUUGGCCCAAUUAGUCUGCUGAUAAUUUAUAUAACAGUACAGGUAUUGCACUGAGUUGGUACAUUCAACUGCUCCAUUGGUACUUGGAUGGUAGAUGGAGCUAAGUCCCUGGGAGGAGCCUAUCAAUUUUAAAAAUUUCCACCAAAAUUUUGCGGUGAAUUGCACCCCCCCGUCUGAGAUAAUGCAUUUUGGGACACCAUGUAGUCUGUAGAUGUGUUGCACAAACAUCUUGUCUAGGGCUCGGGCAGAAGGAAUCUUUGGACAUGCCACAAAGUGUGCUUUGAAAACAGGUUGAUGACAGUCCAAAUUACUGUGUUCCCAGCACUCUCAGGCAAUUCCAUGAUAAAGUCCAUGGAUAUCUCCUCCCAUGGAUUACCUGGGUUGGCUACCAAUGUAGCAAGCCUAGAGGCUUCCCAGGUAGGUGUUUCAUGGAGGCACACACAGGACAGCUGACCACAUAGGCUUCUAUGUCCUUUUUCAUAUUCGGCCACCAGAACCAUCUCUUCAACAGGUGAAGGAUGUUUACAAACCCAAAAUGCCCUGAGGAUUUUGCAUUGUGGCUCCUCUGCAGGACCAAAGUUUUCUGGCUGGCUGGGAUGUACACUUUACUCCUAUUCUAUGCCAAGUCCUCCUUCACCUGUAUGUCUCUGGAACCAUUCAUCCACCCCAAGGAAUCUUUUAGUGGUUGCAUUACUGAGUCCCCAGCCAGCUGUGGGGAGACUGUUUUCUGCUGCCUCAAGAGUGUUGGCACUGCAAGCUGCCUGGACAGCUUCCUCAGGGCCUUUAACACCUCCACAUUCUUGUGGUCUGUCCACACUGCAAAUGGAAUCUUACUGCCCUCUAAAAACUGCCUCCAGGUGAGAAGAGCCCAUUUGACUGUGUAAACCUCCUUCUCCCAAUGGUCCACCACCUCUCAGUAUCAGACAACUUGUGAGAUAUGUAGGCACAUGGUUGCAACUUUCACUUUUCAUUCCUCUGGAGUGAAACUCCCCCUCCUGCCACAUCACAGGCAUCCGACUUGAUCACAAAAGGUUCAUCUGGGUUUGGGUGCUUCAGGACUGCAUCAGCAGCAAAGAGCCUCUUCAGUUUUUGAAGGCUGCCUGGCAUUCGAUGGACCAAUUUAGUGACUGACUCGGUUUGGGCUUUGCUCCCCUUAAGUCUUGAGCAAGUUGGUGAUGGGCAAGGCUAUCUGGACAAAUGUGAGGAUGAACUGCUGGUAAAAGUUCAUGAAUCCCAGGAAACUCUGUAACUGCCUCCUGGUUCAAGUGGCUUCCCAUUCCAGGAUUGCUCUCCUCUUGGCUGGGUCCAUCUCCACCCCAUCCUUGGAGAUGCGAUAUCCCAGGUAGUCUAAACUGGUCUUGUGGGAGUCACAUUUAGAUAGCUUUGCAUAUAGCAUAUUUGCAUAUUUGAGCAACUUCUCAAGUACUGCUUUCACUAGCCUGACGUGCUCUUCCAUGAUCUUGGUAUAAAUUAGGAUGUCUUUCAAGUAUACCAGCACCCCUUUGUACAGGUGUUCAUGCAGAACCUCAUUUACUAAUUGCAUGCAUACUGCUGGCAUCCCAGAGGGCAGUUGAAUGCAGUUUUCCACUCAUCCCCCUCUUUAAUCCUCACUCAGUAAUAAGUUAAUCUUAGUAAAGAUCUUCCCCUUGGCUAGGUAGUGUCAAUUGUCCAACUAGUGUGCCCAAAACAAGAAAACACUCUCAGGAGCUUUGAAUUCCCAAAAGUAAAACUUUAUUGGAUACACCAUUUUGGUACUAAAAAAAUCAAAACCAGCUCUGAUUUUUCCACACAAAUACUUGUCUAGUUAAACAAUAGCUUACCUUUUUUCUCCCACCCCUGGAUGAUCACAUUGUUCAAUUAUGAGAUGUCUUUUUGUUAUGAGAACAAUCCACCUCCUUCUCAGGCACCUGUCGUUGUGACCUUGAUGGUUGCCAGGCUCUCACGGUCCAUGAACACUUUCUCAGCAUUCCAUUUCACCCUUCCCUCUCCCCAGUUUAUUGACAAGUUGAGGUUUGAAAGAAGCAAAGUGCCAAUCUUGACAGAUAGUCCAGCAUGUCCCUCAUGAAGGGGAGGGGAUACAUAUUCUCCAUGCAGAUGCAAUUUAGUACUCUGUAAUUCAUGCAUAAUCUGAGAGACCUGAUCUGUCCCCAUCCACACACACACACAAACACAGCCAGCCGAGGGUUAAGAAAGUACUUGGCACGCACACAGGUCGUUAUCUCAAACUUGGCAGCAAUAUAAUCACCGUCUGCCAAGAGCUUUUACUGCAACAGAUAACAUAACAUUACAUACGCAUUGCAAAUAGUCCAGCAAAACAAAAUCCCUUUCGGCAGCUUCAGACGUUGUUCAAGUGACUAGCCAAAGUUUGUUUUUGUUCGUCACGGGGUUUUACCAGCCACCACCCUCUCUUAUAUAGUCUCUGGGGUGUGAUCCAGUGACUCAGUUCUAAUCCCUACCACGCCUCCUUAACUGCUGCAACCGUUUAUCAUGCCUUCAUUGGCGUGCGUCCAGGAAUGACGGCUCUCCUUCGCUCUCAUCCGAGACACCUGGCUCCUGGCUAAUCUCCUCUCCCUCGGCCGGCACCUGAGACAGUGCCAGAGGGGAGGGGCCUGGAGAGGGAGGCCUGGCUGACUCCUCUUCCUCAUGUUCGGAGCUUUCUUCCUCCAAUGAGAUAGGCUCAGAGGGCGGGGCCACAACAAGACCCAUCUUUUUCCUCUUUGAAAAGUACAGGGGCAGCCAUCCUUGACUUCGCUGUCUGGAUAAAUCCUCUGGCUAAGUUCUUGUCUAUGAACUCCCAAAGUUCCUCCAUUUCCCUUGGCAUCAAGGAAUACAUCGGCUUUGGGUAAUUUACUCCCUGGCUGUCAGUGUUCCAGAAAAACCCCAACUCCAAGUAAAGACGCGCAAGCAAACAUUUUCCAAAGUUCUCUUUACUAGAAUAGGCAAACUGCCGCAUCUGGGAAAACCUGAAUCUGAAAAGCCCAGGUUUUCCUUCAGUAAGUCAAAGCCCCCAAAACCAUCCCCUUCCCCCCCCCAGUUGGUCACAUGCUCCAAUCAACAUCCGCUCCAUCUUGAUACAGCCCCCUGACCACUCCUUUUCCAGAUCCUGGAUUGGCCUGACCUUGACCAACAGGAAGAAUGCUAUUAUGUCUACUAACAACCCCUCUCCUUAAUCCCCCCUCCUACUUUCCCACACAUGAGAAGGUGGCAGCAUUGGAGCUUCCAGCCUAAUAUGGUUUCCAAAGCUGACAGGCGUCCCCUCCCCCUGCAAAAAGAACCACCUCCUGAAAAAUAAAGCAGACAAAACACAAAAGAAGGGGUUAACACCGUGCACCAGACUCCUCAACCCCCUCUCUUCCCCCCCCCCCGGGAGACCUUUUGUUUUCUCAGGAAAUUUAUCAUGAAAUUGUUUCAGAAGAACAUCAGCAUUUACAUCCCAACUCUUCACCCAAGUAGCUUCAGCCAAAGGGUAACCUUUCCAAUGUACCAAAUAUUGUAAGCGACCCCUGUAGAGUCUAGAGUUUAGGGUUUUCUUUACCACAUAAUGAGUCUCCUCUUGCACAACCAAAGGAGGGGGUGGAGCAGCUCCUCACAUAGUCUUCCACAUCAGCUUUCAUCUCUGGCCACCAGAAUUGUCUCCUAGUCAAAUGUAGGGUUUUUAAAAAUCCAAAGUGGCCCCCUAGUCGAGAAUCAUGACUCCUCUUUAGCACCAGGAGUCGCAGGCUGUGGGGCACAUAAAGUUUACUCCCCUUCCAUGCCAACCCGUCUUUUAGGGUUAGGUCUGCCUGGUUCUCCUUGAACCAGGAAUCAGUCGAGAGUGCCUCUUUUAGCUCCGCUGUCAACUUGUCUUCGGGUAGGUUGGAACCCUGGCAUGUUUAUGCUCUGGUGCGGGCUUGGGCAGCUGGCAUGAAUUAUCUCUUCCCGUUGGCUUUCAAACUGGGGCUUACGGGAGAGAGUGUCAGCUAAAAGGUUUUUACCCCCCGGGAUGUAUUUCAGAUUAAAGUUAAAGCGUUUGAAAUAUUGAGCCCAACGAACCUGCUUGGGAGAAAGUUUCCUCGGGGUCUUCAGCACCUCAAGAUUCUUGUGGUCAGUCCACACCUCAAAAGGCUCAUUAACCCCCUCUAGGAAGUGUCUCCAGGAUAGGAGAGCCCAUUGCACCGCAAAUGCCUCUUUCUCCCAUACUGCCCAUCUGUGCUCAGUGUCUGUUAACUUUCUCAAUACAUAAGCACAUGGCAUUAGAUUGUUUUGGGCAUUCCUUUGCAGUAGAACAGCAGCCACUGCCACAUCACUUGCAUCCACCUGAACCACGAAGGGCUUAUUUGGGUCAGGAUGCUGUAGGAUCGGCUCCACUGCAAAUAGGCGUUUCAACCAUUCAAAGGAUUUUUGACAGUUCAUUGUCCAAGCUAGGGGCUGGCUAGGUUUUGGCUUGGUGGGAGACGGGCCGGUUUUUAGCAAUUCUGUCAAAGGGAGUGCGACCUCAGUGAAGGAAGGGAUGAAUUGUCUGUAAAAGUUUGCAAACCCCAGGAAGCUUUGGAGUUGCUUAUGGGUACGUGGGGGCUGCCAGUCCAGCAGUGCCCUCACCUUCCCUGGGUCCAUUUCGAUUCCCUGACUCGACACCCUGUAUCCCAGGUAGUCCAAGGACUCCUGAUGGAAUUCACAUUUGGACAACUUUGCAUAAAGUUUGGCUGCUAGGAGCUUUUUCAGCACUUGUCUGACCAAUUUGACAUGUUCUUCCAUAUUUUCGUUGAAUAUAAAAAUGUCAUCAAGAUAAACAUAUAGGUGUUCAUGCAAAAUUUCGUUGAUCAGUUGCAUGAAGAUCGCGGGGGGCCCCUGGAGUCCAAAAGGCAUGACCCGGAAUUGGAAGCUGCCCAAGGGGCAGUUAAAAGCAGUCUUCCAUUCGUCUCCCUCUUUUAUGCGAACUUGGUAGUAGGCUUCUCUUAGAUCUAGCUUGGUGAAAAUCUUGCCUUUUGAUACGUGGUUCAGCAAGUCCUUCAUCAGUGGGAGUGGGUAGGUAUUUUGUAUGCAAAAGCUGUUCACGCCUCGAAAAUCAAUGCAAAAUCUCAAUGUACCAUCUUUUUUUUCUUUAAACAGUACUGAGGCAGCCAUCCUGGAUUUCGCAGGCUUGAUGAACCCUCUGGCUAGGUUGUUGUCAAUGUACUUCCUCAACUCAAUCAUUUCAGCAGGCAUCAUGGAGUACAUUCUGGCUUUUGGCAAUUUGGCUCCCAGUUGUAAUUCAAUGGCUCAGUCCGUGGGCCAAUGAGGGGAGGAGGUUACAUUCUUCCUCACUGAAAGCUUUGGCUAAGUCUGCAUACACCUUAGGAAUCUGGUGUUCGCCUGGGGGCCCGUCUGAACAAACCACUGCUGUUUCUGGCCGCUGGCCAUUAUGGGUAGGUUGCUCUUUGGGGGAGGGGCAGGGCCAACCCCUAUUCUGAUUUUUCAGUAUCCAUCUUCCCAUUUGAUGGUGGGGGCCCAUUUGUCCAGCCAAGCCAGGCCUCUGACGUUUUUGGGGUUACUAUAAAUCGUAUAAGUUCAUGAUGUUUCCCCAUCUCUAAUUUAAUCAGUUCAGUAAUAUGAGUGGCAGGGACACCCCCCCCAAUUAACAUUCCAUCCACCUGGUGAAAUUUAAUUGGGUGCUUUAAGGGUUGUGAGAAAUAAAGAAAUUAGGGUUAUUCCUGUAAAACAAUAUAGCCUAAGUUACGCCAUUUUAAAAUCAUGUUAAGGUUUUAUUUUACUCUGUAUAACCUGAUUAUAUAAUUUAGCUGACAGUUUAAGGAGCAUGAGAACGGGAUGUGUGAUUCCUGUGUUUUUAGAGGAAGUUGUGUUCUUGAGAUUAUUUUGGAGGAAGUUAUGUUCAGGUCGGCUUGACCUCGUUAAGAAAGGGAAGUGCGCAUAUGCUGAUAUUACUUGUUAUGCUGAUAUUACAUGUAUAAGCAAUAUUUUUAAGUGGGUAUUUUUAUAUACUGGAGUUAUGGGGACUUUCCAUAAUGGGAAUACCAUGUGUUUAUCUGUUAUAUAAAGUCUGAAAUUGUACUCAAGGGACAUGCUUGUAUCCUGUAAGGUGUAACCUGAAAUUGUAUAAAAGACGGCGAGAACGAAUGGUAAUUUGCUCUCUCACUUUGAGGGGGACCUUUGCAAAGAAAUAAUUAAUAAAUAGUAUUCUUGUCUUAUC